GGGCAUUUGAUAACAAGUAAUGAAUUAAAAGAUAGCACGGCGUUUGUAAGGAUACAGGCGCUGACUCUUUAAAAAUGUAAUAAUUUCGAAAGAACACAAAUAGCUUUGGAACAAGACAAGAAUCUAAGGUUUCGGCACUUGCAGUGGCGGACAGAAGUUCGCUGAAGGGAGUUAAAGGGGCCGCAAGUUGCACAGAAGGUGGAGUCACAAUUUUCAGUAUCUUUGGUAUAAAACCAAAGGCACUGCGGAUGACAAGUGGAAGUUUUUGUUUUGCUCGCCCUCUGAUAUUUUUCAUAGACUCUCAAAGGUGACCGGACGGUGAAGUUUGGAGAAGUUCACUGAUUUUGGAUAGUUAAAGAGCGGCUAACAGGAGGCCAGUUGCAGAUUGAGAGGUUUCCCAGCUGAUCGCCUUGCAGCGGGUCGCAGCAUUGCAACGCGCACUGCGCUUUAUGUCUUGAAGAAGAGUUGGACAGCACCCCAUCUGAACAGACUUGGCGUGGACUUGUGCAGCCGGUUCCAAACUGCGCGCCUCGCACAAUGGCGGGAUUGUACAACUCCACACUGAAGACGCUGGAAGAUCUGACUCUGGACUCGGGUUAUGGGGCAGGAGAUUCUUGCAGGUCUCUCAGUCUCUCUUCCAGAUCGAACUCUCAAGCCUUCCAAGCAGCCCACAACAGAGGGAACUGGUGGUAUCUUUCUGGUUCCAUGAAUAGCCGCAACAACAGCUGGGAUACGGUGAACACGGUCCUGCCGGAGGACCCGGAGAUUAACGAUAUCUUCUUCAAAUGCCCCCGGCUCCCGGAGCUGGAGGAAUUCCCAUGGACCGACGAAGACAUUGGACAGAUCCUGAAGAAAGGGAGGCCCGGGGAGAGUGGAAAGCUCUUCUCCCUGGAUGCUGUCAGGAGAUUGUCAUUCCUGUUGAGGAGAGCUCUGAUCCGGAUCUCCAGGGAAGCGCAGCGGCUGAGUGUCGUGCACUGUAAGUGCACCAAGUUCGAGGUCCAGAGCGCCAUCAGACUCGUCCUGUCCUGGUCCUUGUCCGAAAGCUGCAUCUCUGCUUCGGUGAAAGCCCUGUCUCUCUACAAUAUGAGUGCUGGGGAUAGGCUGAGGAAAAGCAAGAGCUCCAGGUGUGGCCUUACUUUCUCAGUGGGGCGCUUCUUUAGAUGGAUGGUGGACACCAGAGUUUCCGUCCGCAUCCAUGAGUAUGCUGCUAUUUCUUUGGCUGCCUGCAUGGAGAGUCUGCUGGAGGAGAUUGGGAUCAGAGUAGCAGCCGGGCAUGGCUCGGAGGGAGGAAGUGGAGGCAUGCAUGACAGCAGGCAAGAGCUGUCAACAGAAAUGCUGGAGAUGUGCAUCAACAAUGACGCUGAGCUUUGGGGAGUCCUGCAACCAUACGAACAUCUUAUCUGUGGCAAGAAUGCCAAUGGUGUGCUCUCCCUGCCGGCCCACUUCAGCUUAUACAACAAUGGGCCAUCAGCCAAGGAUGGACGGGCUGAUGCUUAUGCCCAGCUGGAGCUCCGCACCCUGGAGCAGUCACUACUGGCAACGUGUGUUGGGAGCAUUUCAGAGCUGAGUGAUCUUGUGUCUCGAGCCAUGCACCACCUGCAGUGCUCGAACACCUUGUCUCCAGGAAUGAGUCCCUGCCGCCAUGGCAGACAGCAGCCUGUCACCUGGUCUCCUGACGCCCUGCACACACUUUACUAUUUCCUGCGGUGUCCACAGAUGGAAUCGAUGGAGAAUCCCAACCUGGACCCACCUAGAGUUUCCUUAAAUAAUGAAAGGCCAUUCAUGUUGCUGCCUCCAUUAAUGGAGUGGAUGAGAGUAGCCAUCACGCAUGCCGAACAUCGGCGCAGUCUAACUGUCGACAGUGAUGAUGUGAGACAGACAGCUCGUUUGCUGCUACCAGGACUAGAUUGUGAACCACGGCAACUCAAAACCGAGGACUGUUUCAGCUCAUUUCGUAGACUGGAUGCAAAAGCCGCCACAGCCAAGUUCCAGCAAGACCUUGGAUUUCGCAUGUUGAGCUGUGGCAGAACGGAUCUGGUGAAUCAGGCCAUAGAGCUUUUAGGAAUCGAUGGUGUCAACACCAUGGACAACCAGGGGAUGACACCACUUAUGUACGCCUGUGCUGCAGGGGAUGAAGCCAUGGUCCAGAUGUUAAUUGAUGCUGCUGCAAACUUGGAUCUUUCACUUCCCGGGAAUACUCAGAGAUAUCCUUCGGUGCACCCAGACAGCAGGCGCUGGACAGCCCUCACCUUUGCUGUACUGCACGGACAUAUCCCUGUCGUUCAGCUGCUGCUUGAUGCUGGAGCAAACGUGGAAGGUGCCCUCAUUAAUUCCGGGGAAGAUAAUUGUGCCGAGACACCACUUCAGCUAGCUUCAGCAGCAGGUAACUACGAGUUGGUUAGCUUGCUGCUGAGUAGAGGUGCGGAUCCUUUACUGAAUGUACUCGACACAAAUGGGAUGACAUCAGUGCUGCAUGAGGAUAUGAACUGCUUCAGCCACGCAGCUGCCCACGGACACAGGAAUGUGCUGCGGAAGUUGCUUACACCGCCCCAAGCUCCAAAAACUGAUGUGCUUUCUCUGGAAGAAAUUUUAGCAGAGGGAGUUGAGAGUGAUAUCUCAAGUAUUGGAAGUAUAAAUGAAGGACAAGUGAAACUCUGCAAAGCCAGAAUGAAGGCUUUACAAGAAGCUAUGUAUUACAGUGCUGAACAUGGCUAUCUUGAUGUUACCAUGGAGCUGAGGAACCUUGGUGUCCCCUGGAAACUACAUAUGUGGAUUGAAUCCCUGAGGACCUCAUAUCAUCAGUGCAGAUAUCCUGUGAUGCAGUAUCUGUUACGGGAAUUCAUUACUAUCAAAGAGGAGGACUACAAUGAAGAGUUGAUUCAAGAGGGACUUCCACUGAUGUUUGAUAUUCUUAGGGUUAGCAAGAAUGAUGCAGUCAAUCAGCAGAUAGCUUCAAUCUUUAUACACUGUUAUGGCAAUGGUCCUAUCCCUAGUAUCCCUGAGAUAAAGAGUAACCCACCUGCUCGAUUAGAUCCUCAUUUUCUGAAUAAUAAAGACAUGUCAGAUUUAACAUUCUUGGUGGAAGGAAAGCCAUUUUAUGCACAUAAAGUUCUCCUAAUUACUGCCUCAAACAGGUUUAAAAUGCUGCUGACUAGUAAGACAUCUCUGGAGAACCUGCCUUGCAAGUGUAUAGAGAUCAGUGAAAUUAAAUACCACAUUUUCCAGCUGAUGAUGCAGUACUUGUAUUAUGGCGAUACCAACUCAAUAACUUUACCUAUUUCUGAUGUGCUGGAGCUACUGUCUGCAGCAAGCCUGUUUGAACUACAAGCAUUGCAGAGACAUUGUGAGAUCAUGUGUGCCAAAAUUAUGAACCUGGAGAAUGCAGUCAUCAUUUAUUGCUAUGCUAAGAUACACAAUGCAUACGAACUACUUUCUUACACUGAGAGCUAUUUCCUGAAAAACUUCAGUGCACUUCUUGAUCAAGAGUCUUUCAGGCAGCUGAUUUAUGGACGCAACAGCAAAUUGCAGGGCCUGGACCCCCUACAGGCCCUGGAUACAGCAUUAGCCAAUAGAAUGCGGUCAAUCUACAUCACAUCAAGGGUAUAAGAAAAAAAACUGGCCAUCAAUAACUGGAAAAGCAUUAUGUACAUUACAAGAUACUUCAUGUGGGCUAUCCCUUUCCAGUGAUUUUCUUACCCCAGCUUUGUGACAUUUGGUUCUUUGGUGAUGUGAAGAACUGCCACAAGAGAUAAAUUUGAUAUCCCUAAGUGAACUCUGAUUUAGUGAUAAUUACCCAAAACCAAAUCAAGAAAUGUGUUGGUAAUCUAAUUUUUUAUUCAUUCUUUACCCCUCCCCCCUCAAAAUCUCCAAAAGCUGCAUUGAAGAAAUGUGAGGGGAUAUUUGAGCAACAGUUCAUUUGGCUAAAAUAAAAUGGGACAGAUCAGAACAGUUAUGCCAAUCUGACUGAAAUAUUAUUCAAUACACAUGCCUUACCUUGGGGUCAGAUAAAGGCAAGAUGAAAUCUCAAACUUUGCAAAGAUUACAAGCCCAAUGCACUCUGUGCACAGAACUACAGGCAUUUUAUUUGUGGGUUAUAAGUAAAAGAUUGUAGGCAAUGUCAUUUCUAUUAGUUUGGGUAACUAAGCUUUAGUUUGCAUAAUAUAUGUAUGUGCCGGUCAUAGACUAGUAAUGGAGAGACCAUAAAUGACAUUUCCUGAUGUGAGUGGAAAAUUUCACUAAGAUGAUUGAAAUUAAUCUGGGUACAUUUCUUGGCUACAUCGUUGAUUCUUGCCAAUUUUCUUUACCAUUAUAAGAUUAACAAUUUUAAUAAACAGAUUAAUGGCUUUGUUAUAAUAGCACAUAAGAAUUUUAUACAAAGGUAUUAAUCAGUUUGUUAGAAAUAAUGAUGAGGAAUCUCACUUUCUAACCGUAUUCCAGCUUAGUACAUGCAUGAGAUAGAUUGUUUUUUUUCCUGAAAUAAUACAUUUCAAGGGGUUUUUCUUAAAAUCUAUAGAUUUUGUUAGUAGACAUUAAGAUCUACUGACCUGUAAAGCCCAUAAAAAAGGUCAUUAGAGUCCAUGAUGGACUAAUAAAAAUCAAUGAUAAUAACACAUACAGAUUAGCAAAAGCAUAUUAGUUUUGCACUAGUUUAAAAUAACAGAGGGCUUAGCCAGUGCAGUCUCCCUAGACAAGUAACAAAUGCUUUGAAGAACAUUGAUAAUAAGGUAGAAAUGAAAUGUACACACUCUGCCUGAAUUAUAAUCGGUUCUUGAAGUAAAGCUUUCAAAGUUAGUAUAAAUAAAACUGAGUUUUUUUUUUAAAAAAGCAGAUUUAAAAUAGUUGCUAUGCAGCCAUGGAAUGCACUGUUAAAUAUUAGCUUCUAGUGUACUGAAAGCCCAUUUUCAGGAUUUUACUUAUGUAGGCUGUGCGAUAACUAAAACAAAACACAUUUUGUAAAUACCAACAUAUAAGGUACUUUCUAAAUUGUACUGAAAGAUUACUAUCACCUUAGUGUUAAAUUCAAAGGCAGCUUCAAACAUCAGGGCACAAUAAAAGGCACAAUGUGACAUUAAAUAUUCCAAAAGCAAAACACUGCAAUUCAAGAAGGUGCUGCAUGCAGUUCAAUCACAGAAUAAAUAACUGAAACAAAUUUUCCCAUUAAUUAUGUUCUUUAACUAUCUCCAUUAAUAUAUUGGCUUUAACAAAGUACUUCGCGUGACUGACACAGUGUUAUAACAAGAGACAGGGAACUAAAAGCUUGUUCAAAGCAUUACUUCAGGAUUGUCCUUGAAACAAAGAAAGGUGGAAAGUUCUACGGAGAUUUCAGAACUUGAAAUUACAAAGCAAAGUCAGUCAGAAGCAGAACAAUGCAAAACAAAGAGUUGUGCUGAGUUUAGCAGAGAAGGAAGUCGAAUUGGAUUGCAGAGAUGGCAGUAGGUCUUUGGAUGACAAUGGUUAGUAUUGUUUUCAAUUGGAAAGUUAGAUAUUUACUUAGCUUAGUGUAGAAGUGAUAAAAAUACCCAGCUGAAAACUGCCUAAAUUUUGGGGGGUGGGGGGGGCAGUGGGAAUGUACAGUAUCCCUGAAUGGAAAUGUUACUUUUCAGCUCAAGAUGCUGAGAAACUAGUGCCAAGGCUGGCACACUGGUGUUUUUGUACUGUUGACAGAAUCUUUAAAAUAAAAA